AUGACACUGCGCGGAGGCUUUAAGAGACUGUGGAAUGGCCGUCACAAAGAUGUUUUCUGCUGGCUGUUGCUGCUGGCUAGUUAUUUCAUGAUCACCCUGGCAGCCAAACCCAAAAUGCCAGGCCACACGCACCUCAACUCAAUACGUAUUGAUGGGGACAUAUCUCUGGGUGGACUUUUCCCUGUGCAUGCGAGGGGGAACGAUGGAAAAGCCUGCGGAGAGCUAAAGAAGGAGAAAGGGAUCCACAGGCUGGAGGCCAUGCUAUUUGCCCUGGAUCGUAUAAAUAACGACAAUGAGCUGCUGCCCAAUAUCACACUGGGGGCCCGCAUUUUGGACACCUGCUCCCGGGACACCCAUGCUCUGGAGCAGUCGCUGACAUUUGUUCAGGCGCUGAUUGAGAAAGACUCAACUGAUGUCAAGUGUCUCAGUGGAGGACCGCCUAUCAUCACGAAGCCAGAGCGGGUGGUGGGGGUGAUCGGCGCCUCCUCCAGCUCCGUGUCAAUCAUGGUGGCCAACAUUUUGCGUCUUUUUAAGAUCCCUCAAGUGAGUUAUGCCUCCACAGCCCCAGAACUGAGCGAUAACACCCGCUACGACUUCUUUUCCCGUGUGGUACCACCAGACACCUACCAGGCACAGGCCAUGGUAGACAUUGUCAAAGCCAUGCGCUGGAAUUACGUCUCCACUGUAGCCUCAGAGGGAAAUUAUGGAGAGAGUGGCGUUGAAGCAUUUAUUCAGAAGUCUAGAGAGGACGCACUUGUUUGGUCGCAGGAGAAUGAAAUGAUUGAGCUUUAUCAUUCAGGUUUCAACGGCAGGAAGUCAGAGGCUGCUGCGUUCUGGCUCAGUGGCAGCCGGGCGGAGCAACAGACUUCUACACCGACACAGCAUCUCCUUCAAGCAGCAAAAAGAGCCAAUCAAACAGGCCAUUUCAUCUGGGUCGGCUCAGACAGCUGGGGAUCCAAAAUUGCUCCAAUACUGAGCCAUGAAGAAAUGGCAGAAGGUGCCGUCACCAUCCUACCAAAACGACAAUCCAUUAAAGGUUUUGAUCGAUAUUUCAUCAGCCGGACCUUGGAGAACAACAGAAGGAAUAUCUGGUUUGCAGAGUUUUGGGAGAAUAACUUCCAGUGCAAGCUCAGUCGACACGCUGUGAAGAAAGGAUCUGGCAUCAAAAAGUGUACAAAUCAUGAGCGGAUUGGGAAAGAUUCGUCCUACGAACAGGAGGGGAAGGUCCAGUUUGUUAUAGAUGCUGUUUACGCCAUGGCUCACGCCCUGCAUAACAUGCACAAAGACCUCUGUCCUGGAAAGAUUGGCCUUUGCUCCAAGAUGGACACUAUCAAUGGCACACUGCUGCUCAAGUAUAUCCGCCACGUCAACUUUACAGGAAUUGCUGGCAUCCCAGUGGUCUUCAAUGUGAAUGGUGAUGCUCCAGGUCGUUAUGAAAUCUACCAGUACCAGAUCAGAAACAACAACACAGAAUACAAGAUCAUUGGACACUGGACAGACCAGCUCCACUUAGAUAUCAGUGAGAUGCAGUGGCCUGGUGGAACACAGGAAGUCCCCUCCUCCAUCUGCAGCCAACCCUGUCGUCCCGGCCAGCGUAAGAAGAUAGUGAAGGGAAUUCCAUGUUGCUGGCACUGUGAGAACUGCGAUGGUUACCAGUAUCAGGCAGAUACUUACACCUGCAAGAUGUGCCGCUAUGAUUUGCGGCCCAAUGAAAAUCACACUGAAUGUGUUCCUAUUCCCAUUGUGAAGCUGGAGUGGAGCUCACCAUGGGCAGUCAUCCCUGUCCUAAUUGCCUUGUUGGGGAUCAUAGCCACUCUGCUGGUGGUUGCUACCUUUGUACGCUACAAUGACACGCCCAUUGUCAAGGCAUCUGGUAGAGAACUGAGCUAUGUGCUGCUUACUGGUAUCUUUCUGUGCUAUGCUACAACAUUCCUCAUGAUCUCGACUCCAGACGUGUUUGUGUGCUCCCUGCGAAGGAUUUUCCUUGGCCUGGGCAUGAGCAUAAGCUACGCAGCACUUCUCACCAAGACAAAUCGUAUCUACAGGAUUUUCGAGCAGGGCAAAAUGUCAGUCAGUGCUCCUCGAUUUAUCUCGCCGGCCUCCCAGCUAGUCAUCACUUUCAGUUUGAUUUCAGUGCAGCUGCUUGGAGUGUGCAUCUGGUUUGGUGUGGAUCCGUCACAAGCCAUCAUCGACUAUGAGGACCAGCGUACAGCCAAUCCUGAAAUGGCCCGAGGUGUCCUCAAAUGUGAUAUUUCCGACCUGUCUCUGAUCUGUCUGCUGGGUUACAGCAUGCUCCUAAUGGUUACCUGCACAGUCUAUGCCAUCAAAACCAGAGGAGUUCCAGAGACGUUCAACGAGGCCAAGCCUAUUGGCUUCACCAUGUACACCACCUGCAUUGUAUGGCUAGCCUUCAUCCCAAUUUUCUUUGGGACUUCACAAUCAGCAGAAAAGAUGUAUAUCCAGACUACAACUCUGACUAUCUCUGUCAGUCUCAGUGCAUCCGUCUCUCUGGGAAUGCUCUACAUGCCCAAGGUCUACGUGGUUCUGUUCCAUCCGGAGCAGAACGUGCCUAAACGCAAGCGCAGCCUCAAAGCUGUGGUUACUGCAGCCACGAUGUCCAACAAGUUCAACCCCAAAGGAGGCCUGAGGCCAAAUGGAGAGGCCAAGUCUGAACUCUGUGAAAGUCUGGAAACACAAGCGCUGGCCUCGAAGCAGACGUACAUAAGCUACAGUAACCAUGCCAUCUAAGACAAGGAGGAACUUUGGGAGAGGACCAAAGGCCUGCUGCAGUUGGAGUCACCUGUUCUGAGGGAUAUACAGGAGGCCUGUCGAGCUACUAUGACAGAGAACACUGAUGUAGAAACGAAGGAAAACAAUCAUUUUUGAAGGAUGCCGGUUUUUGUCACGAGAAUAAGGCCUGAAUGCCAAAUUAAUGAAUAGAGAAGCGAGACGAAAGACGUAAAAGAGCUGGGACAGGUAAUUUUCCUCUUCCCACCCAUUAUGAGACACAAGCAAGCAGCGACCAGUGAUGUUUACAAAGCCUGGACGGACCACUUGGAUUUGACAGUUUGUUUUCUGAAGCAUUUGGACACAAUUUCAGUUCUAUCUAUGGCUGAAUCAUCUCAUUUCAGCAAAACCAGGGAGUGUGUUCAGUUUUCUUUUGUCAAAUGCAGUUUGCAAGUGGAUCGAGUAUAGAGUCAUGGUCAUACUAUUUUUGGUUUCAGUUCUUAGUGGAGUUGAAGCUUCAGUACUUUUCAAACUGUACAUGCCUUACUACAGUACACUCAGUAUUCCUUCAUAAAACAACCACACAUGAAACGCGGAUAACUAAAGCAGCAGGGAUUGUUCCGGUUGUUUUAUAAAUGUUUCAUAAUGAUGAUGACUAUCAUCUUCUUGGCAAAAUCUACUGUACAGUCCCAGUGCAUGC